AUGCCUAAAGCCUAUCUCGUUAGGUCUGCCGAACGCGCAUGCGACAAACGCGACUUCUACGACGAGAAAGGCGACUUGCCCGCUAAGAAAGACGACUUCUCCGACGAGAACGAGGCCGAAAAUCAAUUCUAUAUCUCCCUAGAUAGUAAUACGCGCUACCUCUAUUCACGCCGCCCUCUUCUAGCCGCGGCGUCUUGCUCACGACCGCCUAUACGGCUAUUACCCGAGCGGGACGAUAACCGCCUAUGCGGCUAUUACCUAAGCGGGACGUACGCGACUAAAACUACCCUCCCGCGGAUCCUAUAA